GGGAACUGUCCAAUCAGUGCGCAGAGGAAGAGGAAGGGCGGGCUUCCGCAACCUCUGGCUUUUCUUCCCCAGCGACUCGGCUUCUCAUCCUUCAAGCCAAGAGUUCUCUGCUCCAGGGACUCAGGUGACUCUGCUGCCUGUGACCCCCCACACCCCCAUCUCGGGUGCCCGGAGGUUCCUCCAGAGGACCCCGGGUCACCACAGAAGACAAAAAUGAUGUCAGUGACCUUCGAGGAUGUGGCUGUGAACUUCAUGCAGGAGGAGUGGGAUUUGCUGGAUGCUUCCCAGAAGAACCUUUACAGAGAUGUGAUGCUGGAGGUCCUCAGAAACCUGGCAUCUAUAGGAAUCAAAUGUGAUGAGAAGAACAUUGAAAAUAAGAUCAAAAAUUUUGGGAGCGAUCAAAGGCAGAUCACAUCUCACUAUGGACCUGAAUGCUACAAGCAGGAAGAAUGUGAGGAGAAGCCAGGUGAAUUGAAACUAUACAGGAAAUCUCUGGUUUCUCUCAAAAGUGUUCAUACACAAAUGUUAACACAAACUGGAGAUGGACCCUAUGAAAGUACAGUAUGUGGGAAAGUCAUCAGCUGUUCCAAUGACAUUCAAAGGCAUGAAGAUUCUUGUACUGGGUGGCAACCUGAUGAAUGUCAACAAUGUGAUGAAGCCUCAUCUUCUCCCACAGAUGUUCAAAGUCACACAAGAACACAUAUGGGAGGUAAAGCUUUUCAAAGUGAGGUAUGUGGGAAAGCCUUUUAUUCCCCCACUUUAUUUAGAAUACAUGAAAGAACUCAUUCUGGAGAGAAAUCCCAUGAGUGUAAAGAAGGUGGUAAAACCUUAGUUUCACCCACAGGUCUACACAGUCACGUGAUCACGCACACUGGGAAAGCACUUUUUAAAUGUAACAUAUGUGGGAAAGACUUUGCUUACCGAAGUUUAUUUAGAAUACAUCAGAGAAAACAUACUAGAGAGAAACCCUAUGAAAGUCAACAAUGUGGAAAAGCCCUCACUACUUUGUCUUACCUUCAGAUACAUGAACAAAACCAUACUGGCGAGAAGACCAAUGAAUGCCAACAAUGUGAAAAAGUCUUCACUACUUCUUUAUCCCUUGACAGACAUGAACGAACACAUACUGGAGAGAAGCCCUAUCAAUGUCAACAAUGUGGGAAAGCCUACAGUACUUCAUCUUACCUUCAGAUACAUGAACAAAUCCAUGCUGGAGAGAAGCCCAAUGAAUGCCAACAAUGUGGAAAAGUCUUCACUACUUCUUCUUCCCUUCACAGACAUGAACGGACGCAUACUGGAGAGAAGCCCUAUGAAUACAUGAACGGACCCAUACUGGAGAGAAGCCCUAUCAAUGUAAGCAGUGUGGCAAAGCCUUCACUAACUCCACUAUACUUCACAGACAUGAAAAAAACUCAUACUGGGGAGAAGCCCUAUGAAUGUCAACAAUGUGGGAAAGCCUUCAGUACUUCUUCCUACCUUCAGAUACAUGAGCGGACUCAUAGUGGGGAGAAGCCCUAUGGAUGUAAGCAGUGUGGCAAAGCCUUCACUGACUCCUCUAAACUUCACAGACAUGAAAGAGCACAUACUAGAGAGAAACCCUAUGAAUGUCAACAAUGUGGGAAAGCCUGCACUACUUUGUCUUACCUUCAGAUACAUGAACAACGCCAUACUGGAGUGAAUCCCAAUGAAUGCCAACAAUGUGGAAAAGUCUUUACUACUUCUUUUUCCCUCUGCAGACAUGAACGGACUCAUAGUGGAGAAAAGCCCUAUCAAUGUCAACAAUGUGGAAAAGUCUACAGUACUGCCUCUAACCUUCACAUACAUGAACAAACCCAUUCUGGAGUGAAGCCCUAUGAGUGUAAGCAGUGUGGAAAAGCCUUUGCUAGAUCUUCUCAGCUUCACAAACAUGAACAAACUCAUACUGGAGGGAAGCCCUAUGAAUGUAAACAGUCUGGACCCCACCUCCACACGCCCGAGUACUCCUUACCCCCUUCGUCCUUCCUGGACCUCAGCUUCACCCCCAGCUCCAUCCCCAGCUGCUGCACAACCUACGCGUCCACGACAAGACCAUCAGCUCUUCAGGGGCACAGUCCAGCUCUUCCUGUUCCUGGGCCUGGUGGAGUGGAGGGACUGCUGCUGAGUGUCAUGGCCUAUGACACGUUAGUGGCUAUCUGGAAGCCCCUGCCCUACACCGUGAUCAUGACUUCCAGGCUGUGGUGCCGUCAAUUCCUUGGUCAUGUGUCAGUGACCCUAUGGUUACACUGCUGUGCGCACAAGAAGAAGGGUCACUUCCUGUGUGAGAUACCUAUCCUGAUCCGUGUGGCCUGUGUCAGCAUGGGGGCUAUGGAGGGCACUGUCCUUGUCCUGGAUGUGGGCAUCAUGCUGUUUCCCGUGGUCUUCCUCCUGGUCUCCUGGGGUCACAUCGUCAGUGCUGUGCUCAGAAUGCAGUGGUCCUCAGGAAGACCCAGUCUUCAACACCUGCGGCCCCCUCACCCUGGGCUCCCUGUCCUACGGGAACAUCAUGUUCAAGUACAUGCAGCCAGGAGCCGCUGCUCCCGGGACCAGGGUGAGGUCCUCAUGCUCUUCCACAACCCGUUACCCCCUCCUCAAGCCUCAUCUCCACCCUCAGAAACAGGGAGGUGA